AUGAUGCAUUCUAUACUCUUCUCCCUCCUCGCAGUGGCUGCUGGCACUCUUGCAGCGCCGUCCAUGGUAAAUACUCGUCAAUCCUUAGUCACGGAGGAGUGCUUAGCCCGCUUGAAUGGGCAAUUGCCGUACUAUGUUCCUCCAAAUUUUCACUUCUCCGGUACUGUUCGUCGAUACUAUGUCGCCGUUGAUGUUGAGACUUGGGAUUAUGCUCCAACAGGCUGGGACAACUGGCUCGGUGUACCCUUCAACGAGUCCUUCCGUGCGCAGACCUUUGGGUACAUCGCCAAUAGCACGACGAUCGGAACCAGAUACGACAAGGCGCUAUACAGGGGAUAUACAGAUGCCACAUUCGAGACGAGAUCUGAGCAGCCUCCCUGGCUUGGGUUUCAGGGACCAAUAAUCCGCGCUGAAGUCGGUGAUAUGAUCGAGAUCCUGUUCGUCAACGAGAUGGAUGAAUUCUUCUCGAGCAUGCAUAAUAUGGGGCUGUACUAUACCAAAGUGUCCGAAGGUAGCCUAUACUACAAUGGGACGAGUGCCGUUGAUGUAGGGGACGCAGUUCCUCCAGGAUGGUGUUUUGUGCUCGUUGCAGACAGCUCCGCACCGAACCACGGCCUCGAGAGCCGGCUAUUCUCCUACCAUCCGUAUGUCAGCAUGUAUCAAGACCAGGAUGCUGGUUCCUAUGGGCCCGUGAUCAUCUACAAUCGGGGGCAAAUGGAGAGGGUCAUGCGGCAGAAUCGUGAAUUUAUCCUUCUCUACACCGACAACCAGGAGUGGAAUUCAUUCCUUGCCCUGCACAACGUCCAAAGGUACCUGCCCGGCGUGCAGGUCGCGAACCUGUCCUACCAGUAUCCAAAUGUGACCGAUGGCCGUGGGAAUUACAGCAUUUGGUAUCCGCAGUUUAUCAAUUCGCCAGCGACUAAUGUGACGCCUGCAAUGGCGGCAAAUUUCUUCCCUGUAAGUUUUCAGACAUGUGAAGCAAAUUCAACCACUGAUACAUGUCUACAUCCGCAGCUGAACGGCUAUAUCUACGCCAACAACCCGCCCUUCGAAAUGUGCUUGCUCGACAAUGUGAUCUGGUACCUUUACGACAUGGGCUUCGACACCCACGUCUUCCAUAUGCAUGGCGACAACAUCUUCGAUCCCGUCUCCAACACCACAUCUGCCACCGUCACCUUGAACCCGGGACAAAUGAGAACAGUAUUGAUGUCUGCAUUCAACCCUGGAUGGUGGCAGUUGAUUUGCCACUUUACUACGCACCUGAGUAAAGGAAUGGAGGCAAACUAUAUUGUGUAUGGUGGCCCUUAUGGGCCAUGUCCGCUUCAGCCAUUGGAGAGGCCCUACGUUGAUGAAGCCAUGGACCAGCAUGUAUGA